CGCGAGAGGCGUGACGGCCGCCGGUGUCUCGAUUCGCCAUGUCGAAGGUCCGCGGCGUUUACCGCACGCGACCUUAAAGGCUGUUCGCUGCCGGAGUGGAAAAGGCUGCUGCAUCAGCUGCGCUCCGAAAGCAACUCAGCCCGAGUGUGAGCGAGCUGGAUGCCGUUCUCCCUCCCCUGCUCCGCUCUCCACGUCUCGCGCUGCGGCGAACAGACAGAUAUUGCCAGGCCAACGGUAUCCUGGCAACCGCGAGCCGAGCUCUGCUCUCAGGAUGGACCACACGCUGCUCCAGACUCUGCGCGUGUGCGUUCGCCUGAGCGCGCGUGGCCGGUGUGCAGCAGAUAGGCAGAUAGACACACACACACACACACACACACACACACACACACACACACACACACACACACACACACACACACACACACACACACACACACACACAAGCACGUGCACGCGCUAUGAAUCGCAGGUGACUUCGCCUUUGCAAUCACCUUGUCAGGAUGAAUAUGAGCCUGUUAUUCAUGUAUUCAUGGCGGCGGAGAGGGCGCGCGCCUUGGAGCAGCUGGUUUUAAAGUCAGGAGGAGACUGGAUUUGUUUUAUAUGCGUGGACCGAUGCUCUCAGGUUCGACCGGUGACUCAGCACACGCCCCCCCCCGCCCCCACUUGGGUGACCGUCCGCCGGCUGUCUCAGCGGCGUAACUCUACUCCCCGCUCGUCCGGCGCUGCUGCAUUGCAACGCCCGCUCCUGCUGAGUAACGGCGAAAAGCAGCGGCGGCGCCUCGUAAACACGCUCGUGCCGGCCGUCGUAAAUCAGCCUCGCGCGCGCCGGGCAGCCGGGACGGGCUUCAAAGGAGGGGCCGGCGUGCGCGCGCGGACCGGAAGGGCGAGACGGAGAAAGUGAAAGACGGCGAAGAAACCGCCGCGUGAUGAAACAGACAGGAAGCGUCGCGGCGGAGCUGUGCGCGCGCGCCUCUUCAUGGACAGCUGCUCAAAAUGUCAGCAUCACACAUCUGCACAUCAAAAGGUGGACGAUUAAAGCGCCAUAGCGCACGUGAGGUCUGGGCCUGUAUAUCACCUAUGCACACAGAGCCACUGUCUGACCAGCCGUCUGACCAACGUAAUCUAAUGACGCCUGCAUCACUGCCUCCAUGAAGCGCUGGCAUCUGGCUUUUGGUUUGAAGAGCUUGUCAUACAGUAUCUAUAGAGUUGUCUGCUAUAUUAGACAAGCAAAGCCCCUACAUAGCAGGCUUUUAUUAGGUUACUAUGAUAUUGUAAAUGGAUUAAAACCCCUGCUCAGCUCCAGCGGCUCCCGAUGACCCAGCUAAACGAUCCGCUACUGGAUUUGGGUCCCGCUCUAAUCAAAUCCAGCACACGCCGUCUAUGGAGGCAAAGCGUGAUCGCCUUGGCUUAUUGCUCCGACCGAGGGCUGCAGGAGGAUAAUUAGACAGGUGCAGACGGGUGAAGAGCCGAGACGGUCCCAACGUGCUGUGUUCUCCAUGUGCAUGUCGUGCUGCCAGGUUCUGCGUACUGUAUGCAUUUUGUUGUUUCCUCCCGUCCAGGUCGCCAGCCAUGGGGAACCUCAUUAAGGUCCUUGGCAAGGAUUUAGAGAACUGUCCACAUUUUUUCCUGGACUUCGAAAGGGGCUCAUGGGAAACCUCCUGAAAGUGCUGGCUUGCGCCGAACUUGAGCAUGGCCCAAUAGUUUUCCUUGACUUUGAACACGCCCAGCCCACGGAGGCCGAGACGGCCGUGUGGAACCAGGUCAGCGCCGUGCUGGAGGAGGCUCACGGGAUCCUGGCCGAGCUGCAGUCCUAUAACGGCGCGGGCCAGGAGAUACGAGAGGCCAUCCAAAACCCAGGCGACCUCGCGCUGCAGGAGAAGGCCUGGAACGCAGUCUGCCCCCUGGUGGCCAAGCUGAAGAGGUUCUACGAGUUCUCCCUCAGACUGGAGAACGCCCUGCGCAGCCUGCUGGAGGCGCUGACGAGCCCGCCCUACGCCCCCAUGCAGCACCUGGAGAGAGAGCAGGCCCUGGCCAAGCAGUUCGCCGAGAUCCUCCACUUCACGCUCAGCUUUGACGAACUCAAGAUGACGAACCCAGCCAUUCAGAACGACUUCAGCUACUACAGGAGGACCAUCAGCAGGAACCGGCUGAACAACCAGCAGCUGGAGGCGGAGAACGAAGUGAACAACGAGAUGGCCAAUCGAAUGUCGCUGUUCUACGCCGAGGCCACGCCCAUGCUGAAGACUCUGAGCAACGCCACCACCAAGUUCGUCUCAGAGAAUAAGACCUUGCCCAUAGAGGACACCACAGACUGUUUGAGCACCAUGGCCUGUGUUUGCCGUGUCAUGCUGGAAACUCCAGAAUACCGCUGCCGGUUCACCAACACGGACACCAUGCUGUUCUGCAUGAGGGUGAUGGUGGGUGUCAUCAUCCUCUAUGACCACGUUCACCCCGUCGGAGCGUUCGCCAAGACGUCCAAGAUUGAUAUGAAGGGCUGCAUCAAGGUGCUGAAAGAGCAGCCGUCCAAUAGCGUGGAGGGACUCCUGAACGCGCUGAGGUACACGACACGACAUCUAAACGAUGACAGCACCUCAAAACAAAUCAGGGCCCUCCUACAAUGAAUGAAGAGAAUGGUCACGGGAGAGGGAGGAAACGCAGGAGGGCACCUGAUGGAAGAGGGAAGUGAAGAAGAAGAAGAUACAAAACGCCAGUGGCUGAUUAACCUGUUUGUUUACAAGGAGCAAAGGAAGUCAUCUCCAGGUUAAGAGCAACCUGAUGAUAAUAAGGAGGAGGAAAAUAAUUAUAUAUAUUGUCAGCUGUCCAUCAUUCUGUCUCUCAUUUUGUAAAGUAAGCAAAGAGAAAAAAUAAGCCAGAAAAGAAAGUAUAGAUAUAUAUUAAAAUGAGUGAAACACAGGAAGCAGAUGAAAACUAAGUAGGAUUUAAGAGAAAGUUAUAUUGGAAGAUUUUACGUCAGAACCAAACAACGUGAAAAUGUACAAAAAAAAAUAAUAAGAUCAUGUUCCAGCAGUAGUCUGACAAGUAUUUUUGCACAUACUUUUAACAAAGCAUUUCCUUUUAUCCUGAAAUCUGAUCGCAAACUGGUUCCCACUGCCCCUCGCACACGGCUCCGUCUCCUUCAGCUGCACUGAUCGUCCCCCGCAGGCGAAUUCUGAAGCAAUAUGAUGGACGCGCUCCGGAGAUUUGCUUCCGCCUGCCUUUCGUUUCUUUUUCCACGUCAAUGCAGCUGAUGGAAGGUCUUUUUUACGAUGCCUCCAUCGAUACAUUUGCGCAUAUUUUUUUUUUAAUCUUUUCCAUCCGCAUAACGUGCGACCUUG